CUUCAGAACAGCUGUGGCCAUGGAGUCUCUGGAGACCCCUGUCAAGGACGGCAUCCUAUACCAGCAGCACGUGAAGUUUGGCAAGAAAUACUGGCGCAAAGUGUGGGCUCUGCUGUAUGCAGGGCCAUCAGGCGUAGCUCGGCUGGAAAGCUGGGAUGUUCGUGAUGGUGGCCUGGGGCCAGCAAGCGACAGAGCCACGGGGCCUGGCCGGCGAGGGGAACGUCGGGUCAUACGCUUGGCUGACUGUGUGUCUGUUCUGCCUGCGGACUGUGAGAGUUGUCCCAGGGACACUGGUGCCUUCCUGAUUACCACCACUGAACGAAGCCACCUGCUGGCCGCCCAGCACCGCCAGUCAUGGAUGGGCCCCAUCUGCCAGCUGGCCUUCCCGGGCACCGGAGAAUGUACCGGAUCAGGACAGGCUGAGACUCCAAAAAGGGGCUUUGUUCCCAUGGAGGAAAACUCUAUCUACUCCUCCUGGCAGGAAGUGAGUGAGUUCCCAGUGGUAGUGCAGCGGACAGAGGCCACCACCCGCUGCCAGCUGAAAGGACCCUACCUCCUGGUGCUGGGCCAAGAUGACAUUCAGCUUCGGGAGACUUCCAACCCCCAGGCCUGCUACAGCUGGCCCUACCGUUUCCUGCGCAAGUUCGGCUCUGACAAGGGCGUGUUCUCUUUUGAGGCUGGCCGCCGUUGUGACUCGGGCGAGGGCCUUUUUGCCUUCAGUAGUCCACGUGCCCCAGACAUAUGUGGAGCCGUGGCUGCCGCCAUUGCCCGCCAGCGGGAACGGCUUCCAGAGUUAGCCACGUCCCCACCCUGCCCAUUGCCUCGGGCCCUCUCCCUGCCCUCCCUAGAGCCCCCUGGAGAGCUUCGGGAGGUGGCCCCAGGAUUUGAGCUGGCCACUUCCAGAAAGCUGCCUGUGACUGACCCUGGGCCCCAAAGCCUGCCACUGCUGCUCAGUCCCACGCAAGAAGGAACAGUAUCCAGUCUCUAUGCAUCCGUGUGCAAGCAGACCAGCAGGCCCACAGCCACUGGGGAGCACCUCUAUGAGAACCUGUGCCUGCUGGAGGCCAGUCCUGGGCUGUCCAAUGGGGGUCCCGCGUCCCAAGAGGGCCCUCCUGGUGGCCACAGCCCCCUGGCCAGCCCCAUCUAUCACAACAGUGAGGACCUGAGUUGGCCGGGCUCGGCCCAGGACAGCAACCUGGAAGCCCAGUACCGGAGGCUGCUGGAGCUGGAGCUAGACGAGGCUGGAGGAACUGUCCGCUCCGGUGCACAGACAGGCAUUAAGGCCAAGCUGGUGACCCUGCUGACUCGGGAACGGAAGAAGGGCCCUGCUCCCUGUGACCGGCCCUGAAGGCCUGUGCAGUGGCAGCAGGACAGGGGUGACCUCCCAGGAACUGGAGGGAAGCAACUUCAGACCUAUCCCCUGUCUACUGUGACCUGCAGGGACAGGACAGGCAGCCUGGGGAGAAGCCGCACGCUGCCCUACCCCCUCCCAGCGGACAGUGUACAGAUCGACCAAUAAUAAAGCUUGCCUACCACCCCCCCCC